GAAACCGCAGCUGCACGCCGGCCGUGGCGCGGGGCUUGCCUUUGCUUGGUCGGGCUUUCAUCUCAGAGAGUUUCUUCGAGUCGAAGCACGAGAUGUACACGAAAGCCAUCAAGGCCUGGCACGUUUGCACCGAGACCUUCAGCGGAGGCUUCUGGGAGUUUCGUUUGGGCCCCUGGGAUUGGCCGGAGCUCGCCGGGCUCUCGGAGCUUUCGGAGGGGAGGCGCUCGGAGCUGCACUUCUUCAUGUGUGCUCCAAGCCCGGAGAGCCCAGAAAAGGCCGCGCUCUUCACGGGGCAAACGGAGAUGAUGACGGUGGCUCCACCGAGUCGUGCCUGUGCUAGCAAUCUCUCGAUCUUGCUGAAAGAAGCCGUGCCUGUGACCUUGGACCACGGCCUUCGUCUGAAUGGGAAGCUUCUGGAAACUCGGAGCUCGCCGCGGAGGGCGCGCUUUGCCUUGGGUGGAACGGAGCAGGACGUUCUCAACGACCUGCUUGCAUCCCUGCAGAGCCGGGCGGUGCGGCGCGAAAGAGUGUGGCGCCGUCCGAAGCUUCGGGCGGCUGUUUGCGUCGCGGGCCUCGCCCGCAGCUUUCACUUGCCUCGGGUGCACGAAUCCAUCGCGAAUGCCACCAGGAGCCUGAAAGCUGAAACUCAGAUUUUCUACGUGCUGGACCUGCAGGGGCGAUCUUUAGAAGAGUUCGAUCGAGGCUUCACCGCCUUGCCUCCGGAUGGCAUGGUGCUUUACGAUGAGGUGCGCGGAACUGGUCUCAGGCUGCCGCAGUGUCACUGGGCGACGCCAUUUCACGCUCACAAGCAAUUCGAGAAGUUUCGCAGCUGCUUCCAUCUCAUCAGGGCGGCCGAGAAGGCACAGCGGAGACGUUUCGACUGGGUGUUGCGGUUGCGUCCAGACUUCGAAUGGCUGGCGCCUAUUGGCAAUCUGAGGGGGUUCUCCACGAAGAAGGUGCAUAUUGUGCUGCACUGGAGCACUCCAUGGAGCUUCUUUGACACCACGGACUUCUUCGCUUUGGUCCCGCGGGAGCACUUCUGGGCCUACUUCGGCGUCGGCUGUCCCUCGCAGCGGUCCCUGCGAGCCGCAAAGGCUGAGGACUUUUGCUUCAACCUGUGGUGCAAUGCAACGAAGGGCCGAUGGGACACCUGCGUUGCCCAUCCCGAAUGCGUGCUUCAGCUUCGGUUCCGGGAGCGCCGAAUCCUCGUGGAGCCCUUUCCGCCAGUCAUGCAAGUGGUGCGCGAGCCGCACGGGCGAUGCCACGCGGGUGAUCAAAAAUGCCUCACCGGAUGGCAGAAGAUGACACACUGGCCCUUC